UCUCUAUAAGAUACAACCACUUCCCUCCCCCUUUCAUUCUAUUCCCUAAAAUAAAAAUUCAAACUUUGCAACAAUGGCGUUUCAAAAUUGCCUCAACCUCGAUGCCACCGAGCUCCGCCUUGGACCCCCCGGCGCCGACGACGACAACAACAACAACCAAGAACAACCUCAAUCUCUCAGAAUCAUCAACAACAAAAGACCAUUAUUACCGGAAUCCAACCAAAGCUCAUCUGCUUCGAACAUCUCUGUUUCCUCUGACGCCACGCUCCAAACCCCACCUCCCACCAAGGCUCAGAUUGUGGGGUGGCCGCCGGUUCAAUCGUUUAGAAGGAACAGCCUUCAAUCAAAGAAGACGGCGGUGGCAACGGCGGCACAGGAGAGUAGUGGAAAUUAUGUGAAAGUAAGCAUGGACGGAGCUCCUUACUUGAGGAAAAUUGAUCUCUGUUUAUACAAAGGUUACCCUGAGCUUCUCCAAACUUUACAAGACAUGUUCAAGUUCAGAGUCGGUGAAUACUCCGAGAGAGAAGGCUAUAAAGGAUCUGAAUAUGUUCCAACUUAUGAGGAUAAAGAUGGUGACUGGAUGCUGGUCGGAGAUGUCCCAUGGGAAAUGUUUAUGUCGUCCUGCAAGCGCUUAAGAAUCAUGAAAGGAUCGGAAGCGAAGGGAUUAGGAUGUGUUGCAUGAAAGAUAGAAGAAAAUGAAAAAGAAAUCAUCAGAGCCAGGAAGCUUUGAAAUACGAUCAGAGAAGGAAAAUCUGGGCUUGGGAUCUCGAGGAAGAAGAUGAUUUGAUUUUGCAGAGAAAACCCAGUUGGGAUUUGGGGGAAAAACAAGAUUUUGCAGAGAAAAUUAGGUGUUAGGGGGGAUGAUUUGGUGGUGGUUCAUGAUUUUUCCUUCAUUUUCAUCAUUCUUUUAAUCCCAAUAUCAUUAUCUGCACAGACCAGAAAUGAAUUGUUUUGAUUAUUAUUAUUAUUAUUAUUGAUUAUAUGAUAUGAAUUUUUGUGUAUAA